UGCAUCGUGUUCGACRCCAGAUUGAGGAGCGGAACAUUGGUGGCGGGAAGGACGCCAGCGAGCCCUACAAGGAUGUCRAAUAACGAGCCGCGCGAUGGAGUCGGUCCCCCGGCGGGGGGUGGAGAAGAGAGGCGGAGAUACAGGCCGCCUAUUUGUUUUAAUUGUAAUGAGGAGGGGCACUACGCAAAUCAGUGCCCUCAUAGGAAUCGGAGACAGUAUUCUGCAAGGCCGUCGACAUCAACCARUUCACGGGAUUCAAGAUCCCCGCAACGCCAYGACGCACGAAGAAGGCAUGGGACACCGGACCGAGAGGCGAAAGUGCGCUCGACUGUGUGGAAGUUGAGCGAAUUGGUUGCGGUGAUGCAGGAAUUCGUGGAAAAAGAGAAUCAGCGGAWGGAAGAGAGAGCCCGGAAGAAGCGGUUGCAGAAGGAGGAGAAGGAAAGGCAGGAAGAGGAGAAAGCUAGACAAGAAGAGUGGAAGGCGAGAGCUGCGGAGAAAGCGAGAAAAARAGCGGAGGAGGAAYGGAAGGCUGCGGAUGCUGAGAAUGAGCGUCGGGCUGAGAUGAAGAAGGACAUCGAUAUUCAUUUGGCCGUUAAGCUAAAUGAAAUGGAAGAGAACUGGUUCCAGCGUUUCGAACAGGCUAUUGGGCCUCUGUACGCUGCUACGACGGGUAAAGGGAAKAAGAAGGCUCAUUACCCUUCAGCUAGCGAUUCGGAACCCGACUAUGGCAGUGGCAGUGAUACCAGUGUAACUCAGGAUUUGAGCGCGCGUACACAGAAGUUGUCGAUCUCAGAGAAGCGGAAGAGGGGAGCUGAACCGGUCUUCGAGGGCAGCCCCCCGAUGGAGAUGCCUCCCAAACGGACGCCGAAGAGAGGGAACCUGAAGCCGGUUAUGUUGACCACUAGGUUGACUCGGUUAAGGACGAAGAAGACUCCAGGGAAGACACUAUUGAUGAGAUCCCCUGGCAAGGCCCCUGCCCGUAGAACCCCUGUCAAGACUCCUGUCAGUCAGAGAAGGACACCCCGAUCUGCAAGGAAGAGGACAUCGUCAACGCCAAGAGGUACUCCCUUCACGCAUGGGGCGCUCGAGAGGCUACGCUACAGAAACAAGGAAAUCAACGAUUUGAAGGGCAAGGACGCCAUCGAGCUGCAGAAGCUGUGUAAAGAAGAAGGUGUGCAGUAUAACGGUAAGAUUGAUGCUGUUUUUGACAUUGUCGAUCAUCGGACCAUGAUGAAGUUUGCCGCUCUGGGGGCGGGCGGUGCGGAAAUCAUCCACGUUGAUGACUCGGAGACUUCUGCAGUCUCCGAAGACCUUGGGGGCGACCGCCCUAGUGCAGAGGCUUGAGGAGUGUUGGAGACGCCGCAGGUAUGGAAAC